CGGCUCAUCAUGGCGGACACCAGCAGCGCUCACGUCCACGUUUUAUUCUCGUUUUCCGUGUUUUCGCGGCCGUCCUCUGUGCCUCUGAACUCCGGCUAUGAAGUGCUCGUCCAGAAGUUUCUCUCCAUUUACGGCCCUCAGAUUGACGUUCACCGCAAAUUCCUCAUCCAGGUGUUCUCGGAGGAAUGGGGACAGUACGUGGACCUGCCCAAGGGAUUCACCACAGCGGAGAAAUGCAAGCUGCGAUUAGUUCCUCUUCAGACGGAUAUCACUACACUGGGCAAUCUUUCUCCAGCAACCGCCAUUUUUUUCUGCUGCGACAUGCAGGAACGAUUCAGACCUGCCAUCAAGUACUUUGGUGACAUCAUCAGUGUUGGCCAGAGACUGCUCCAAGGUGCUCGUAUUUUGGGAAUCCCUGUCAUCGUGUCAGAGCAGUACCCAAAAGGCCUGGGUAGCACUGUACAGGAGCUGGAUCUGACCGGGGCCAAGCUGGUCUUCCCUAAAACCAAGUUCUCCAUGGUGCUGCCCGAGGUGGAAGCUGUGCUGGCUGAGACUCCAGGAGCUCGAAGCAUUGUGCUUUUCGGAGUGGAGACUCACGUGUGCAUCCAACAGACAGCACUGGAACUGAUUGGGAAGGGCUUUGAGGUGCACAUCGUAGCAGAUGCGACGUCCUCCAGAAGCAUGAUGGACAGAAUGUUUGCACUAGAGCGGCUCGCGCGUACCGGCAUCAUCAUCACCACCAGCGAGUCGGUCCUCCUGCAACUGGUGGCGGAUAAAGAGCAUCCAAAGUUCAAAGAAAUCCAGAACAUCAUUAAGGCCAGCGCUCCUGAAUCAGGCCUGCUCUCUAAGGUCUGACCAGCGUGAGGCGCUAAACCUCCUCCUCCCCCUUUUUUUUUUCUCGUUUAAUGUCUUGUAGAGAUUUCGCAGAAACGCUUUAGCUGUGACGAGUGUUGUUUUGAAUUUUGGUUGUAAAGUUACGUAAAAUAUUUGAAAUCGUUCCAAACUGUAGCACUGUACCGUUAACACUGGUCGUGUGGAUUAUCCAGCAUUUUUGCUUAGAUGUGCCCUGCAAACAAAACUGCCUGGUUCUGCAUAUUUAUUAAUCGUUUAAUGCUUUAUAAGUCGAACAAAAUCUACCAAACUGACACAGCAAGUCAAGUGAAUGGGUUUGUUUUGUGUAAAUUGUAACGUCGACCACUGGAAGUGUGAACAGACAUCACAGUCACUCUGACAACCGUAACAGCCUGGAAGCGUGUCCUGUUCAUAUCUCAACACAAAUUCACAGAAACCCCUGAAUUCCUGUACCUUGAAAAUUCCCUUCGGGGAAACAUUUAAUGUGAAUGGAAGAUGUGUUCAACACGCAGUAAUGCAACACUGUUCUGAAUAAGUGUGCAGUAGAAGCCCACAAGCUUUAGACGAUCAUCAGUUACUGAACAGAAGGUGUAAUUAGGAGAUUAAUGAGCCAGUGGAGCAUGAGGAGUUGUGCUGCCUUGCUGUUUGUACUGAAUUAUUAACUUGUAAUGUGUUUAGUACUGUGUUUCAGUGGCAUAUCUUUUAUAAUAGAGCUAUUAAUAAGUCAUCAAAAUGUAUGUUCUGUGCAUAUCUUAUAAAAGUUAUUAUCUCUCUCUCUCACACGCUUUAUCUUAAAAAAUAUUAUUACUCAGAUUUUCAAUUCUACUUUUUCAGCAUGUCAAUAGGGUACAGAUAUACUAUUAGAAAAAUGUCAGUAUUAGGACUAAAAGUAGACUACCUGUCAUUUGGUCGAGUGUAAAAAUAUAUUACAAACCAUUAAUUAACAUCCCUAUAAAACGCAUACAGUAUGUAUUAAUAUUCUAGGAAUGGCAGUUAAUUAAAAAUGUUACAGCAAGCCGAUGGAAAUAGAUGUCAGUCAUUUUUUUUUUUAUUGUCUUGAUGUGGAAUGUUCAUCAUAUAUAUCAUAUGUAUCAUAUAUAUUGGGGAAUUUGUUUAUUUUUAGCGUGUGUGUGGUUCUUGAUGUGUAUCUGAAACAUUUGUAUUUUUUUUUUUCUUCAUGUUUUCUGAAAACCCAAAUACUUAUAAAUUGCACUGGCACUGCAUUGGCACUGAAUUACCCAUUACGCCUGGCAAGGCUGGCGAUUGUGUUUAUAGUGUGUAUGCUUUUUACUUUUUGGUAUUCUUUCUGUUUGCCUGUUCUGAUCUGUUCAUCUCUGGAUUUAAACUAACUUUUCUCAGACGUGAUUUUUUAAAAUUUAGUUUCAGAAAUCUCAUUAUCAUUGUGAACUGUAAUAUUUUGUAAAAGAAAAUGUUCAAUUUAAUCCAUUGUUUAUAACUAGUUUUAUAAAAUCUAUAACUUUUAUUCAUUUAACAGGUUGUUUCCAUUGUUAUUAUAAUAAUUGAUAAAACAUCAUGCAGUACAUCAUUACCAUCACAUGCAGUACUGUGUAGGGAUUUGCAGAUUAUUUCAAAUAUUAAUGAAUGCUAAACAAGUAAACCACUUCAAUGACUUCCUUUUUUUACCUCUAGUUUUCCAUGUUCAAUAAAAUAAUGUUAAAUGUAGUUCAAAUAAAUCUUUUUUUUUUUGUUAUAGAUAAAACGGCUCUGUUAUGUGUGUGUUUUAGAUUUUCAAACUGUUUUUGCAAAGAUUGUGCAACGUAAGUGUAUCCGCAUCUUAACUGAGAAAGCAUCUGUGACCCAGCGUUCGAAAAAUGUCUCUGUCUCAAUGUGUGAGAAGGACAAAUAUAUAUAAAGUACAGUGCCUAUUCAUGAACAGGUCCAAACUGAUUGUACUUCUUGCAGGUAGUUUACUUGAUGUGACAAAAUACUUGUGCACUUUGUUCGCAUUAAUGUAUAAGAACACAUUGAUUUUUGUAGCAGCUAAUGGAAAGUGUGUAAUAAAUGUUUAUAUUCACUGUAUUAAACAUU